AAUUCAUUAACUAAUUACCCCUUUGUUUCAUGUCCAGCCCGCUUGGAAAGAUUUGCUAGGCAACUUGAAGGGUUUGGGAGCAUGCUAACAUCACCACCCAAAAGUGUCACAAAAAGCAUCAUCAGGACGAUGGAGAUGAACGGCAGCCUGGACAGGUACCCCAUCAAAAUAUCAGAAACUCCAAAGGCUAAAUCAAUAGACAUGGAAGACGGAGAAGAUGAUAAUGAGGAGGAAGAGGAGGAGAAAGAUGAAGAAGAGGAGGUUAAAGAGGUGAAAAAAGCCUCACAACUGAAGAAAAGGGCUUCUGCAGGAAGACAUAAAGGACGGGUAUCUAAUGGGAGUAUCAGCCAACAUAAAGUCCUUGCCAAUGGAACGCACGGGUCUAAGUCUGAUCUGAACAGGCAGGAGUCAGAAGAAGACUCGAAAAGCUUUAACCAUGAUAGAGACGUCAUAGAGCUGAAUGGACACAUCAAAGAUGAGGAGAAGGACAUUGGGGAAGAUGUGUCCACUUCUCACCAUGUGGCCAGUGAUUCGGACAGCGAGGUGUACUGUGACUCCAUCGACCAGUUUGGUGCAGAAGAGGGAUCUGAGCUACAUGUCAGCCACUCACUGGUCGUGGCCGAGGAGAGCCACAGCACACUAUCCUCCACAGGAGAGAUCAGAUCACAAGAGGAACUGCUGGGACAGGAGGAAGGCAUGCAGCACGGCGGAGAAGACGGACCGAGCAGUAGAGGUGGUUCUCGGAGGCAGGGACUUCCUGCGAAUAGAAGUGACAGUUCUAUGGUCAGGAGGGGAAGAGGGUCCAGGUCACCUGCCUUUGGCUCGGGGUCAGCGGGACCGCAGCAGGGCAGUGGGGGAGAUGGGGAACGCUCGGGGACGGAUGGAUCGGCAACACAGAAUCUAAAUGAACAGAUAAUCUGUGCUCUGGCCAGACUGCAGGACGACAUGCAGAGCGUGUUAGAGAGGCUACAGACGCUGGAAGCUCUCACAGCCUCGCAGGCCCGAUCCUUGGCGCUGUCUUCAGACUACCUGUCACCACCUGCAAAUAAAACGAAGAAGAAGCCAUCCUGGUGGCCUUUUGAUGCAUCUCCUGGAACUGUGGCCUUUGCUGUCAUCUGGCCAUUUGUGGUGCAGUGGCUCAUCCGUCUGUAUGUGCAGCGCAGGAGAAGAAGAAUCAACUGAAAGGAAUCGACGGAUGGUUCGACACCUCUGCAGACCCAGAGGCCAGCCGUGGAGGGGGGUGUUUCUCAGCCUGUCCCGUGAUCUCUAACUCCUGCUUUUGCACUAUGAUAACAACUCUAAGAAUUAGCAAAUGGAAAGACAGAGUGAAUGUACGGCGAUGCAGCUUAUCACAAGCUUUUUUGUGCUAAGUCAGAAAUCCCCAAUUUCAGUAAUUAAAAGUAGAAUUUUCGUAGUAGUUAUGAAAAUCCUGUUAAUAGAAAUCCAUUAAGGCCAUUAUAAUAACUUACAUGUCAAGUAUAUAAUCAUUCAGUGUUCUGCACACAUAGCUGCUAUCUGUCAUUUAAUAAUGUAGCAAAGUGGAAGAUGCACUGGUGAUUUCAGCUUGAAUAUCUCUCUGAUUCUUACCGUGUUUGACAUAAAAGAGCCCAUAUUUGGGGUUUGAACCGUAAUGGGAAUAAAUCAGGACUCCCCAAAUUGUCGGAGUUUGUAGGAGUAAGCUUUUUAAAUGUACAUAAAUAUCUAGACUUGGCGUUUGCUCAAAUGAGCUGUGGUGCUCUUCAAAGCCAUAACGAAAAAAACAUGCAUAUUAAACUGACCCUUUGCUUUGGAAAUCUGAGAAAAGAGUCAGAAGGCAAAUUACGUUCUUCAUCCAUUCAACAUCCCAUCAUGAUGCCUGCAAAGAUCUGACCUAUUUGAUAGGGCUGUGCAAUUAAUCGCAUGUGAUUGUUAUGUGCAUCUCAUCAGUAAAGCCGGU